AUGUUACAACUUACUCACCGCUACUGCCUUUUCAUACGCAAUCUCUGGCGUCUCCGGUUGUUCACUGAAGACCGCCAUCCUAAUAUCUACAUUAUCAAACACUUCCAUGAAAAAAUUCUUAAGCUGCGAUACUGCUAUCGGAUCACACGAUCUGCUCCCACUUUUCCUUCUUCUUCAUUUCCUGCUCUCUUUUCCUUUCUCUCUCUCUCUCGUCUCUCACUCUCUCUCUCUCUCUCUCUAUUUUUCUCUUAUUUUUUCCUCUUCUCUUCUUUCUACUUCUAUUGCGCAUAUAUGCCACUGCGAUUUUGCACGAUUGUCAUGCCUAGGACGAACAGACUACACCAGCGCCGUCCGCGUCGAUCCUCUCUCUUCUUAAGCGCCGACGCGCUCUUUACAAAUGCGAUCGACUGGACCUCGAACACAGCUGUUCCAUCUCUCUACCUCCAAGCUGUCGCCUUGAAACCUGACAACGCUCCUUCAACUGACACUCUCUAA